AUCCCUAUGUGGAUCUCACCAUGUUGGAACAACCAUGCAUCCCCCGUCCGUCCCCUCAACCAAAUGGGAGGAGUGUAAUAUCUCUGCUCUGCAAUGUUCCGGUUUCCGCUAAGGAGACACCCCAGUUCGCUAAGGGAGCAGCUAGUGUGCUGUGGUAAGGGGGAGGUUUGGGGAGGCUAAAGGCUGGAUUAAGCAUAGUUAGCAGCCGAGAUGGUGAAUAUAACUAGUAUAGCGACGUUGCUCAAGUGACUGCGUGUGGUCAGGGCGAUAUUAAAACGAUUUUCUCAAGAAAGAUAACAACCUUUUUCAGCAUGGACUCCAUGCACAUAACACACGUCUGAAGUGCACUUGAAUUGUGUGUAUACUCCAAACAAAACUGACCGUGAGUAUAAACUACUUUAUUAUACAGCUCUUCAGAGUGUUCCAAAAAGUUCCGUUGAUUUGAAUGGGCCACCCCAACGUUCGCAGGUCUUGAUAUUCAUAGUUUUCACGGGACGUCAGAAUGCCAGUUGGUGAGCAAGAAAAACAUCCCGCAGCUGUCUAUCACUGGAAUUUUUACAGGAACCGACCACCUUUCAUUCAAGAUCAUUUAAUAUCUCCGCUUUAACAGUGUCUGACUUAGGUAGUAAAAUGCCAGACAGUUGUUGCUCGGUUAGCUGUUCAAUUCGGCGAGGAGACAAGCCCGGAUUGUGUUUUUAUCGCAUUUAAAACCCACCCACGUUGCUGCCAGCCAGAUGAUGUACCGCUUGUUUUCCGCCUUGGGUGUUCUAUUCGGAAUGGCCUCAGCGGACGGCUCUUAUGGCUUAGGGCCGAAGCCAAAGAGGAUAUGUCCUGGGAUGCCAUUCAGUUUUACACUGACAUAUAAGAUAAGCGGAGCAGACUUGAUGUUCUACAAGAACGGGGUUGAGAGGAAGGUUGCCACUACCAAGGAGAUUAUAGACCCCCAGUUUCGGCUCAAUGGCACUGUACCUUAUUUACCCGAGGUCAUGAAAACGCAUGAAGGGAAGUAUUAUUGGAAGGCUCCAUCGGUCGAUUUUGAACUGAAUUACAUCAGACUAAUUCUGAAAGACUGCAGUGUUCGUCAAAAUGUGGUGUACGGUGAGGAGUUGGCCUUAAAUGUGCCGGCGGACGCGUCUGUGUUGGAGUUCACCCCUCACCUCUCAGACCAACACUCCGUCCUGUGGAGACGGAUACACAGAGGGGGGGACGAGGAAGCAAGGGGCGCGGUUAAGGACGGCCGCUGGACAGCACAGAGGAUGACCCAAGCGGAUCAGGGGCGCUACACUUUACUCAGGGAGAGUGGUGGCCAGAUCUCCAGCACUGUGGUCUCUGUUGAAGAACUCCAAAUACAUGCUCACGUGGCUGAUGACGACGUCAGAGAUCACUGGAGAACUGAUGUUAAUAUCUCUGCACGGGAGGCUGUAGUCACUUACUUUACGGCUUUCGGGGGUGAGCAUGUGCUCUUCCGAGACGGCAUGGAGACUGAUGAGGGCUUCGACAUUUUUGGAAAUCGUAUCACACUCCAAAAGUCAACGCUCCAAAAGUCAACUUUCAGCAUCAGCAAAGCGCAGCCAAGUGACGCAGGACGAUACGAGAUCCAUGACAAGAAUGGACAUCUGGCCAUCUCACUGUAUCUGGAGAGAGACCCUGAGUUUGAUCUUAAGAGUUUAGCCACUCCCCUUGGCAUAUCUGCGGGCGUGCUGGCAGGACUGCUGUGCUGUUGCUGGUGCUGUUGCAAGUGCUGUAGUGAUGACGACGGUGACAAGACUGAGUCCGCCGCUGCUUCUCCAGACACCGAGCAACUCGCCCACGUCCAUGAUCCCAGUGAGAUGUCUGGACCCGGCGACCCCUUGCAACCUCCAUCAUCUGCUCCCUCUUCAGGUGACACCAAUGAACUAACGGCCUCCAUGGCGUACCCCCCCAACCCCUGGGAGAACAGUCCACCUCCUUACUUUCCUGACCCAGCGUCAAGGCCACACAGCAUAGUGGUCCCCGUGGAGCCCAGCGUCCCUGAGUGGGUUCCAAGCGUCCCUGAGUGUGUUCCCAGCGUCCCUGAGUGGGUUCCCAGCGUCCCUGAGUGUGUUCCCAGUCCGUACAGUUCAGCAGCUCCCACUGCUCCUCCUGAGGCUCCUGAUGGAGGAGGAGGAGGUGAUCGUGGUGCUCCCACCGCCCCUUCUGCACCCCCCGACCCUGGUCUGCGGUACCAGUCGAGAGCCUGGGGUAGUGGCCAGGAUGACUUUCUCUCCAGCUCUCCUCUCUGCAUGGACAGCGCCACCGACAGCUGCACCUUCACCUCAAACAAUCUCAACUUCUAGACCGAUGCGUUCCGUUGACAACUCGGGAUCGAUGGAGCAUUUUCACACGCAGUGCGCUGUGACUUGUGUUGCGUCCUACUGACUGGUACGCUGUGAUUUAGACACGUAGUUUCACGCUCAAAGGCAACGCGCACUACUUCAUUUGCACUGGGCCUGUUCUGCUGCAGUGCUGGAGUGGAUCUGUCAAUACCACAGACUCUCACGCCAUCCAAAGGGCCACCAUCUUUCUUUGACCUGUUACUCUGUGUCUAAUGUCUGUGAGUCUGUUCGUGUCUGCUAGUGUCUUAUGUCCCUAUCUCAUGUAAGUAGGCCAUUUCAUGUAUCCUUUUCUUAGCUUGCUAGAAUUGGUAGCAAUGCAAGUCUGUGUUAUUUUACAUAUUUAUCACACAGGAUUGUAAUGUUCUUACUGCCUGAUCAGGUCCAAUCUCAUUCACAAGCCUUGGUGUUUUUUUGUGUCUUUUUAUGUAUGCGAUUUUAUCUCACUUUGUUGUAACUUUAUAAUGGUGGAUAAUGAAAAGACAUUUUCAGUCCCAAACGUGCUCUAAAUGCCUAUGUAAGGCCUUCAGUAUCCAAAAGUGGCCUUAUCCUAUCUCAGUGCAAUUAAUCAUGUUGUUGUUUAUUUCUGUUUACACUGUAACACCCUGAAACCAUUACUAUGUUUACAAAUGACUAUUUAACACUUUAACACAAAGUAACAGUCUGGGGCGGUCAACUCAUUUUGAAUGAUAUUAUACUGUCUAGGUUUGGUGUACACCCUGAUUAAAAAGAUGACCCCCCCCCCACCACCAUCACCAAAUGUCAUGUCAUUACAUAAUUCACUCUGCAUGAAAUCUUUCCACAUGUAUUUAGAUGUAAGCCAUUAUGUGAAAGUGCCACAAAUUACAGCCAUGUUUAGAUAUUGGUAGGUUUCACGUACAAGCCAUAUAAAUGGAUCCCCUCAUGUAGUCUCAGAUAACAUUAGACUUAAUUGUUGGCUUUUGUCUACAGCCACAACAAGAUGUUUGGAGCCAGGCAUAUUAGCAUUUUGAUUGCCAUGGUCAAGCUAGACCCCCACCUGCCUGGCAUUCACACACCCCUAUACCCCUUUCCUUACAUGCCCCUACCUCACACCUUGAACUAGGACAUACCCACCCCCUCUCCUUAUUCUUUACACCUAACACAGAACUUCCUCCCCAGACCUGAAGGUAAUCGUUUAUGCCAUUUUUUAGUAUGUUAAUUAUGUAGUCCUAUAAGGGAUACAUUUUUUUUUUUAACAAACAAACAAACAAGGCUGACUCACGUCAGUUUUUUUAUUGCACAAGCGACACACACGUGGUUAUGGAGAAGACACAGGACACACACACACACGCAGGCCUCAGGUCACUGUGAAUGUAAUCUCUGCCUUUAACCCAUCCCGGACUGUCCUUCCUCCAGGACCCCAGGAGCAGUGGGCAGCUUUUCAGCGCCCGGGGACCAAGUGAACCGUCUGUCUUGGUCAGGACGGACAGGAGAGUGUUCUGUUCUUUUUGCAUGUUUUUCUGUUGGGGUUCUUAGUGGAGGAAACCCCUUGUGAACACGUGGAGAACAUGCAAACUCCACACAUAAUUAUGUUACCAUUCAUAAGAGGGCGGCAAAGACAGUGGAAGAUAACCGCUAACUUGUAACUUGUUGCUGUGAGUUAGAAAUUCCGAGGCUAAAACUUUGUUGGAAUAAACAGAUUCUUUCUAA